UUCACUUUCACUAGUAGGAGCCACAUGUGUGCGGAUAUAAUUUCUCAUUUCCUGGCCAAGUCCCUGCCCAUACCCUUCUUGGCAUCAAGGUUGCUGUCCAAAGAAAUGGCAGCAACAUCAUCAUCAACCUUUAUAGUUGGCUCUGCAACUGCCCAACUUCAACACCUCUUCAAGACCAGAACCAUCCCCUUCAGUUCUCUCCCCUGCUUAAACAGUGUAUUUUGCACUGAGAACAAGAACAAGAAACUCACUUUUACUUCUAUCUCAUUCAAUUCUGUUGCUUGCACUCGAAUUUCUGCCUCUUCCCCUUUUGACCUCUCUCCUCCACCUAUUGAUCAUGACUUUCUUGAAACUGUGGCAGCAGAUGGGGCAAAGGUUUCAGAAGAUGGGAUUAUCGAAACAUUUGAUAAUGAUGAUGAGGCUUUACUUGCUUUUCAUAAUUCGGUUGUGAUUUUGGACCUUUCACAUUUUGGACGGAUAAGAGUCAGCGGAGAUGAUCGUAUUCAGUUUCUUCACAACCAAAGCACUGCAAAUUUUCAAUGUCUUCAUGAAGGACAGGGAUGCCAUACUGUUUUUGUUACACCAACAGCUCGGACAUUAGAUAUUGCACAUGCAUGGAUAAUGAAAAAUUCAGUUAUGUUGGUGGUCUCACCAGUAACCUGUGGAAGCAUCACUCAAAUGCUGAAUAAGUAUAUAUUCUUUGCUGAUAAUGUAGAGAUUCAAGAUAUCACCAAGAAAACUUCCUUCUUCAUUUUAGCAGGACCACAAAGUGACCAAGUAAUGGCCAACUUGAAUCUUGGUGACGUUGUUGGACAACCAUAUGGCACUCAUCUUCAUUAUAGUGUAAAUGGAAUGCCCAUAACUGUGGGGGCGGGAAAUAUCAUUUCUGAAUAUGGCUAUUCCCUAUUGAUGUCAUCAGCUGCUGCAGAAUCUGUGUGGAAAACUCUUCUAUCUCAGGGUGCAGUUCCAAUGGGUUCUAAUGCCUGGGAAAAACUAAGGAUCAUUCAAGGAAUACCGGCACCUGGGAAGGAGCUUACUAAUGAAUUCAAUGUUCUGGAGGCUGGUCUAUGGAACUCUAUUUCUUUGAACAAGGGAUGUUAUAAGGGACAAGAGACUAUAGCUAGACUAAUAACAUAUGAUGGAGUGAAGCAAAGAUUAUGGGGAAUUCAUUUGUCAGCACCAGCAGAACCUGGCAGCCUGAUUACAGUUGAUGGGAUAAAAGUGGGAAAACUAACAAGCUAUACAUCUGGAAGAAACAAACCAGAACAUUAUGGCUUAGGCUAUAUCAAGAGGCAAACUGUUUCAGAAGGGAGCACUGUGAUUGUUGGAGACAAAAUUGUUGGAACAGUGGUGGAUCCUCCUUUCCUUGCUCGACAGCGUCCGCCAUCAAAUAGCCCUAAUUCUUGACCUCUCGUAAGAAUUAAGCAAAGGCCAACACAAACUUUCGUUAUUUGUGAUUGUUCUUCACCCGUUCAAACGCAGACCUGCUUGUCCUUGCAGUAGUCAGUUCUCUGUUAGAGACAACCUGUAAAUUCAACAUGCAUAGGGAGUAGAGGAAGUUCGUUUUUGGAGCUGGGUCAUGUCUUACUGAGAAAGACUAGUCUCUCUUCUCUCUUUAUCUUUCUUGAUACCAACUUAAAUGGCUUGCUUGUUUGCCCUUUUCUCUUUAAUUUUUAUAUUUUUAAUCUUUAUAAAUGGAGUGCAUGACAGGCUCGCUUGAUUCCUA